CUCACAUCCUCAACGCUGCAGCACCAAAGAAGCAUCUUAAAUACUACUUAGGACGUUUUAAUGAUGAAGACAUGGUAGGAACGGUCAAUACAGGGUCCAGAUAUUACAGAGGCUUGCACAUCAAUUAUUACGGCUUGCCUACAGCAGACAGACACUGUUCUGACAUCAGCAAGUGCUUCAUACCAGCUGCCAAAUUCAUUGACAAGGCCCUGGAGAAGCGAGCAAGUAAGGUGCUGAUUUGCUGCAAGCAGGGUGUGGAGCACUCGGUGACUCUGUUUCUGGCGUAUCUGAUGAUCUGUCAUGACAUGAUGGUGGAGGAGGCCAUCGAUCACGUCAUGAAGGAGAGACGCAUCAGACCCUCCAGAGACGUCCUGAAGAAGCUGAUGCUCCUCAACGCUGACCUGGUGCUGCAGAGAAAACUGAAACUGCAGGACAUCAAAACCGGCCGAAAGAGGAACAAGUGGCAGCUUAAAAAAAGGAGAGCGCUGAUAUAAAAAUAAUAAAAAUGUGCACAGAUGAAAAAACAUAACAGCAAGAGCUGUCCUGGUAAU